CUAGCGAAUGCACAGAAGCGAACAGGCUGUCCUACACGGCCUCUGUGCUCGUUUCUCGUCCUUGGAAGGUGACGAUGUUCCCACUCCCAUGGCAAGAGGAAAACUGCACCGUGGGACAGGCAUCGUCGGCAUACUGACCACACACAGCACAUGAAGGCCGCAUAACCAAUGCACCCUGUUUGCUCUCUCUCUCGCUGUAGGUAUCCUGCUCGCCAAAAAUUGGUGUCUCCUUUGCUGUGCGGCGACCUGGGGGGCCACGAGCCACUAGAACCAGCUCCUGCUUGCAUCGGGGAGAGGGCAGGGGGCGGGGCAGCAGCAGCAGCAGCAGGCAGAGACAUAUGGCGGAGAUGGUACCCCCGCACGCUAUUCCACACGUGCACGCCAUGGUAGCCAGGCGGCACCGACCGGGCAUACGGCAGAUACCGACCGCCGGAAGCAGAAGGGCCGCCCCACUGAGGCAGGUACGAAUAAUGGUGGCUCUGGGCCGGUUGAGGAGGCAUCAUGUGCGCACUCUGCGGCGAAGAGCGGGGAAUUCCGGCGACGGUCGGGCUGGCGGCCGUGCUGACCGUGCUGCGAUCGCUGGCCAGCACCGGCUUGACGUUGCUGUAGCCGGCAAACCGGUGCUGGAGUGGCUGGUAUGGCUGGUAUGCAGGAGAGGUAGGGGUGGGGGUGGGGGUGGAAGUGGGGAUGUUGGCCUGCGGCCGAGCGACGUGCUGCUGGUGGUGUGGCGACCAGAAAGACGGCGAGGCAUCCAUGCGGGAAAGGGGAGAGAGGGGCGAGUAGGGUGCGCCUGCCACGCCUGCCAUCAGUGGGCCGGCGUGCGGGUGGGCGGGGGAGGGGGAGGGGCAGGGCGUGCCUAUGGUGUGGGUGUUGGUGGCGGGGUAAGGGGGCCGGGCAGCGAUCGGGAGGGUCAGCUUCUGCUGUGUGCCGGUGGGCAGCUGCACAGGGGCAGCAUGAGAAGGGGGCCCCUUCCUGCUGCUCUCGGCCUGAUCGACACAUCCAGGGCAGCAAUCAACACGAAAAGACAAAUGCACCCAUGGAUGGGUCAGAUUCUCCCCUCGGCACCCAUCCAGCCCGCCACGCACCUGUGCGAAUGUCCGUCGGGGGAAGUCCGGUGUGCGAUCGUCGGCCACAUUUACGUGAGAGGCAGAACUACCCCCACCUGCUCCACCAUUGGCUGGUGUGGCAUCCUCCAUCAUGUGGUCCACCACUGCCGGGCUCGCAUCGCUGUCCGCAGCUAUGUCAAUGGGCCCGUCGUCCAUGAUGUCCUCCACGGCGGCGGCUGCUGCAGCUGGUGCGAACUGCUCCGCCUUCAGGUGAGCGCGGAACCACGGAUGUGUCAAUGCCUGUUGCGACAAAAAGGGAUACAUGCGCGUGAGUGGUGCGUUGGUGUGGGUGUGGGUGUGGUUGUGGUGGUGGUGGUGGAAGGGUUACCUCGUUGGCAGUGGUUCGUGAGAGGGGGUCGCGCGAGAGCAUCGCCGCCAGCAGGUCGUAGAGGGACGACGAGAGGCCGGGAAGGCUCUCCAUCAACACGCCCACAGACACCUGAACACCAACGAACAGCAUCCACGGUGUGUUACUUACCUUCAUCUUCGUGUGCGUCAGUCGGUGUGUUUAUCACCUGUUCGUUCGGCUCUCGUGUGUCGUCGUCUCUGUCGCAGUACUCUAGAAACUCGAGCCGCUCCGGCAGGUUCUCGUGACACGACAGCAACUCUAUCAGCGACACACCUGUGUUGAAGAUCAAACAACACACGCGCAGAACACAUGGACGAUGUCUCGUUCUUUCCCCAGUUGGUGUGUGUGCAUGACUCUCACUCACCAGCCGCAAAGAUGUCACGCCCCGUUUCUACUCUGAGUGGGUCUCGCUGGCCCCCCGCAUCGUGGCACAGCUCUACAUUCAUGUCGGCAUCCUGACCAUCCAGUUACACACACGACACACACCACGUGUCCGUUUGUUGAAGGUCUCCGCUUGUGUGUCGUAUGCGCGUCAGUCUCCUUACGUUGGGAUUGGCCACGUCGUGUGUGUCGUGGUCGUCAAUAUGGUGCGGCACGACUUUGAGCAGGUCCAGGUCGAUCAGGUACACGCGGCUUUGAGCGGACCGCUCCUCACGCACUAUGUUGGUCAGCUGCAGGCACACACACACGCUCCCUCCGACCACUGCUUCGUCUGUGUGCGUGCGUGCGUGUGUGUGUGGAGGGGCAUCAAGGUACCUUCACGUCGUUGUGUGUGAUUCUCUUGCUGUGUAGGUAUCGCAGCGCCUUGAGCACCUGGUGGAAGUAGCCGGCCGCCUCUCGCUCACUAGUGGGCCGGCAGUCCUCCAGAUGGCCACCUGCACACACAGAGAGGGGCCGCAUCACACCACCAUACAGACACCAGUGUGUGGAAAGGCAUGUGUCUGUACUGAUGGGUGCGCACCUUUGCAGAAAGGCAUGCAGAAGGCCUUCUGUUGUUUGGUGUGGUGCUCCUCGACAAUGGGGAUGACAUUCUCGUGACACAGCUGGUGAUGGGACGCCACUGCACUGCCCACAAACGACUCGCCCAUCGUCUGCACCAACCACACACACAACAUAGAAACGACUCACUCAGGCUCAGGCAAUGCAACACAUGCCGCUCCCCUUCCCCUACAAAGAUGAGUUGCCCCUUUCUGACCAGUCUGUCAAUGUCUUCGUUAUCCUGCACUUUAAGCGCAUAGGCGCGCCCCCCCCUCUCCACGCGAUGCACCGAUGAGAAGCCCCCCUCAAUCACGUCAUCGUCGCAACUCACAAACCGGUACCCACGGCCCUCCCAAUACGCCUGCACCACACACAGCACACCCCCAAUGAAGCUGUGUGUCGGCCGUUGGUGGCGAGACACGAGUCACAGAGUGCCUCACCCUCAU